UAAUAUCACCACCAUCGGUCCCGUCGGCUAUUUGAUCAUUCACCACGUAAAACCCGUACACCUCCCGAUCUCCUGCCAUCCAUGAUACCGGCCACGAUCAACGCGCUAAAGCUCGACCUGGAGAAGAAGAAAAAAUCUGAGGAGCGAUCCUUCCUCGGUUCUUAUGACUCUCCGUUGUCGUCGUCAUCGUCGGAAGACGAACAGCUCGCAAACGAAGAAAACGAACGCUCACGGCAAAAAGGAGGCAAGGAAAGUGACGGAAGGAGGCCAAUGGCGGAGCAAGAGAAAAAAGUUUCCGAUGAAAACAACGAGGAGCUUCUGCUGCCCUGGAAAGCCAAGGUCCGAGAAGAGAUCCGAUCGCGAACGCUGAUCGAAGAAAUAUCGGAAUCUAAACAUGACAUCGCUGGUGAUGCAGAAAGAAAACACGCAGAUCAAAUUUUGAAUAACUAUGAAAGUAUAUACGAUUCACUCGGUGAUGGUAUCGUCAACAGGAAGACUGUCUCUCCUAAGAAAGAAGUAUUGGAACUGCAAUUAGAAAAAGAAAAGACAGCAGAUUUACAAGAAUCAAUCAGUAACAAUAAUAAAGCUAACGAUUGUAAAAGCGAGAGAACGUUUGCCUGUUCAGUAUCGUGUGACACAUCGGAUCUAAAACAGAUGUUAGAAGAAUACCAUAAACCUGCUAAUGCAAUCACCAACGAGGAAGAUAUAUUGAGUAAAAGUAUCAAGAGCUAUCAAAGAAAAAACAAAGACUCUCCGUUCGGUUCUAAACUUAGCAGCAUCCGAGAAGAAAUGAGAGAAUUCUGCGACAGUAUGGAUAGGUUUAUUGACGAAAACAAGAUAGUGUUCAAGAAUGGCGAAGUGGAGGGAUUCUGGGGCGAGAAAAAGAUGGUGGACCAAAAUUUACAAACUGAUUUUGUUGAUGAUAGGAAGACCCAAGAAACUGGAACCAAGGUUUCCGUGAGCGAGGAAGAUAAACUACGAUGGUGGAGUACCAAGGAAAGAAAACUGAAGGUCAAGGAGAUCUUAAAGAAGCGAGAGGACGAAGCAAAGAAAAACAAAGUGGAGGCAGAAGAUACCAAAAGAGCUGAAAAAUCCGAUCGCUCCGAUUCGUCGGAAGAUAAAAAGCAGCUGACCGAUGCUACAAGUUAUUUUCAGGAUGACUACGAUUUGAUGAUGCUAAAGACUUGCCCGUCAAGUGUCCUUCCGGAUUCAAUGGAAACAUAUUCCGUGAAAAACACGGAAAAUUAUGAAAGCGAGCAACCUGUAAGUAUGCAGCAAGAAGAAUCGCACGGAGUGUUCCACAGUCUCUUUGCUGAAUUGAGAAAUCGGGACAUUCGGGAGUGCGUACACAAACCGAAAAUUUCAACUAAAUUAAUGGCUCUAGAGGAGAAACUGGAUAACGAAAAAUUAGCCAUUGAUACAGAGAAGAAAAAUAUCUGUACUCUCAUCAAUACGAAGGAUCUUGUUAGUUCUAAUGAACAGUAUUCGGAACAUGAAAAUAGUGCAGAGAAGAAUAAUUCUGUAAAAAUUGAGAUUUUGGAAGACAAAAUUAACGAUCUUUCAUUCGAAUCUCCGGAAAGGAAGAAAAACAUCGAUGAAUCUGACGACGAUUCCUUUAAGACGGCAUUGUCCGUUCAAGAAGACUCGCAAAUUUUGGAAAGCAGUUAUGAAUUACCAAAAGUUUUAAAAUUGACUAACAAGGAAAAUAAUUUUGACAAAAUUAUUGAUUCAAUUCAAAAUGAAAAUAUCGAUCUUUCAAUGGACAAUAAUUGGAAGGAAGUAAUUUCAAAUAAAAAUCAUAACGACGCGAUUUAUGAAAAUGAGAAAAUCAAUGACGAAUUAGAAAAAUCUUCUGAUAAAACGGAGAUAUCAAAAAGCGAGCGAGAAUUUUCAACUGAAACAGAACAAUCUAAUUCUCAAAUGGAAUCGCUCGUUCGAACGAUAGAUCGUUUAUCUCUAGAAAGAGCGAGUCACUCUUCAAGACUGACGGGCAAAAGAACUCGCGAAGCGGAGGAUGUCGAGGUGAGCAAUAAGAAAUCUUUUCUCAUCAAGGAAACGAAUCCCGGAAAGAAACUGGAGGAACGCAAAUCUCGUAGUCAAAUCUCUGAGAGAUGCAGACAGCACAUGAUACAAGAAACGAAGAAAUUUGCGAGGAAAGUAUCGCCGUUGAUCGACAAAUGUAUAACGCAUCUAAUAAAAGACGCGGAAAAUGCAAACGGGAAAUCGCAAUGCUAUAAAUACAAUCGGAGGAAUCUUAGAGAAUACUUGCCAUCUGAUUACCCUUCAAAAAUGAAUCUUAGUAAGCCCGCGGGCGAUUUUGGAGAACAAAAUAAUUGCCACGAUAAGUAUGACAAUAAAUCUAAUGACGUGACAAAUACGUAUUCUGAAAGACAAGAAUUGAUGACGGAACAAACGAUCAAUUCGCAAUUCGCUGCGUCAGUUCAUCGUUCUGAUAUCCAAUCAUUCGCCAAUCUUUUUCGACAAUCCCAAAACUCUGAGUCGCAGUCACCAGCAGUAAAUGCCAAUGUAUCACUUUAUGAAGAAUUUUGCGAUCAUCUGCAUAAAUUAGACAACAGCAAGAAAUUGCUGAUUAAGCCAGAUUUCACAAUGGACAAUAAUGAAUCAGAAGAAAUAUCUGAUAAUAAAUUACAGAAUACUGAAUGUUCGAUAAAAAAAUCAAUUAAAUCACUAAUCCAAAUAGUUUCUGAAUGUCCUACGACGUCUAAAAAUUCUGAACAAAUCUCAUCAGAACGAAAAGAAAUUAAAUUAUCGCAUGGCUCGCAAACUACUUCCUAUUGCAAACAGAAAGAUGCUGUCCUCAGGAAAUCCGAAGAGGAAACUGAGACAUCUGAUGAUUCUGAAAAGCAUAUUAAUGAAGAAAGCGCAGUUAAUGUAAAAGAAGGAAUAAAAGUCGAAACGUUUACAACAUCGUGUACAAUAGAAAAUACAGAAUACAAGGAAGAGUGUGUAUUACCAAAAGAAGAAGAACGCAAACCCGUCACGACAAAUAUGAAAAAGAGUAUAGAAAUGCAAGUUGCACAGGAGAAUUAAAAUGGAUCAUUGUUUUACUACAUUAUUUUUGGAUAAACAAUCGCAGUUAAUGUACAUAACGCACAUUAAUCGAGAAAAAACUGUAAGACUAGGAAUGGACUUUGCUUUCGAGGAAGCAAGUUUUCAUGCGAUUGAAGACUUUGUUAUAGGCGAUGUAACGUUCGUUAGUUUAAGUUUAGAGAAUAUUCAAUAUUUUUCUUGCUCUUCUAUUUGAAAUAAAUGUGUUACUUUCAUAAGACUCAUUUUAAAUGCGGAAACUUGGAAACUUUAUCGAAAGAAACGACAGGUGGUGAAACAGGUCGACCUUCUACUACGUACACUUUAUUUUUGUGUCCACACUCACAUCAAUUAUAUAAUAAUAAUAAUAAUAAUAAUAAUAAUAAUAAUAAUAAUAAGAAUGACGAUGGCGGUGACGUGUCGAUGAAUCGUAAUUAAUAAUAGUAAUAAUAAUUAAUCCGUAAUUAUGUGCAAUGAUAAUCGGUCGCACGCAAAAGAAAUGGUAAUCUCUGUCACGUUUAAAUAUAUUAUAUCUUUACCGUCACCAUCAGCCUCUCUCCAUCAGCCAUAUUGGCUUCCAGACGGAUCCUAGAUGGAUCUCAGAUCACUCACUCCUGCAGAAGCUAUCACCUUGACACUUGGCAAGAAGCUCUUGAUAUUAUAAUAUAUUUAUAUAGAGUGAUACCGCGUGUAACGAAACUGUCUCCCUUCCUGUCAUCCGACUUCUUUCAUCUUUAUCACUUCCCUCACUCUUCGCGCACUCCAUUUCGUAUUAUUUAUGCAGAGGAUCUAUAUCCCUUCCUCUCGAACAAACGUAAGGAUUACAUACCUGCUAGGAUCGUUUAUAGGUUUAUAAAUAUGCACGUAUAUGUAUAUCACACCUCGCUCUCCUCCGCGAAACAGGCACGCGAAAAUCAAAUUUGGUAUUUCGUUUCUGUUUUUCUUUCUCUUUUUUUCUGCACCUUUCUUCUCUUCUCCUCGCAUUCAUCCUUAUUAUUAUGUAGUUACUUGUGUUCUCGUGCGCUUCUUUUCUUUCUCGCUCGCAUCCUCGCUUGCUCCCUAUAAUUGUAAGUUAUUCUCCAGAACGUGCCAAGUGACGACCAAGAGCGGAUCAACGCUUCGAGAAUGAGGGAAUCCGAUCCACGGGAAAUGACGAUCCACGGUUAGAUUAUUUCUUUUGUGCGAAUGUGAUUCUGCGUGAUGAUUCUUGUCGCCAUCCAUUGAUCAGCGCUUCAUCGACACUUGCACGCCUCUUUGGAUUUAUCUCCUCGUACUAUAUCGUAUCGUUAUCGCGAUCAUAUUUAUGGUUGUUAUCCAUCGAGGUUAAUGGUUAUUUGAUGCGUUGCAGUCCUUACACCUUACGACUUAUGGUUUACGUUACAGAGAGUAUCUUACAUGCUAAGUUUCUCUUUCCAAAAAUUAGGAAGUCCGCCGUUCUUUCUUUGUUCUUUCUUUUGUCCCUUGUUGUAGGGUUGUCGUCAACUUCAUCGUCAAAUACGUUCAGUUUCGUCGAUACCUAUCAAAAUUGAACGAUGCCUUUGUGAGGAAAAGACGCUUCUCAUUAUCCGCUUUGUUUCUCAAGAGAGAAUAUGAAAGAAGCAAUUGUCCUCGACACUGUAGCAGACUUAAUGCCGGUUACCCUAAUUUGCAAUCACGAAGUAAAAGCAACGAAACCUCUGUCACACUUCAUCUAUCGCAUUUCCACUCUUUUUUUUAUUUUGCAACUUGAUUUUUAUUACAAGAGAUCGUUUAAUUAUUUUGACACCGAAAAACCGCGUCAGUCUUUUACUCUGAUACAAUAAAAAUAAAUCCUCUCUCGUCGUUUCUUCCAUCAUACUUUUUUCAUACUUGUUCCCGGUUCGGACGAAGCUUCGUCGUAACUUAAUUAAAAGCGAUGUAUUUUUAUCUCGUAAAAGAGCGCGAUUUAUAAACGUUUUUCGCUGAUAAAUUCUGGCAAACUUUGUACUUUAAUAAUUAUUUUAUAUAAGUAAGGUUGUGAUUGUAACGUCGCGUCGCGAAAAAUUGGAGAUAAAAAGAAUAGCAAAUAAAGUAAUAGUAAUUUUACAUCAAAAAGACACACGAACGAAAUUUUUAGUUAGUUCAAAGAUAUGUCCGAAUAUCUCUCUCAUUGACGAAUGAUAUUAUCUAUCUUGUUAAAAUAUAUCUCUGUUUUAUCUUAAAUGGGAUUAUAUCGUUACGAUAUUUAGUUAUGAGUUAAGAAGCGUGGAAAAGUUAAAACACACAAAAAUAUACAAGUUCAUCAAUUCCCCGCUUUUCUCCUUCAUGAUUGCAGAUCGAAUGUACCAGACUUUCAUAACAUUAGAUUUACAAUAAAAUCACGUAAAAAUCGUUAGACGAUUUAAGGCAUGUCUAAAGAAAAAUUUACAAAAUCAUAACGUCUCGCGUUCAUUUCUACCUGUAGAUUAACAUUAAUCUCAGUCAUAACAUUUAAUUCACUUUUCGUCUUCUUCUAGUUCUAAGAAUUAAAAAAAAAGUUAAAGAGUAAAUUAAACUAAUUGUAAGAUUAAAGUUAAUCUACAUUGAUAGAAAUGGGCCUCAGUGAUGAAAUUCAUUAAAAAAAUGCCGUUCUCUUAUUUCAGAAUUUCGAAUUGUUAGUAAAAUCGCACGUAUGUUAAUGAGAAACGCUGUGAAGGAAUCGAGUUCACGCUACCGUAUUAA